AUGCUGUUGCCCCGGCUCUGCCACAGCACCAGGAGGCAGCGCAGCGGGCUGGGGUCCGAAGAGAGCCAAAACCCUGCUAUGUCUGCCAGCAUUUCGGCUCACCUCGGGGAUUUGCCACGGGCGCCCCACGUGGAGGCUACAGGACGGACGCUGGGCGUGGCCACACGGCGCCUUGUUGAAACAGAGGCACGUGGAGUCCACGUGGCGUCUUUUAACCUGCCCCAGACCUUCGCUUUCUCUGCGCGUUGUCUUUCCAUGGCUGCCUGCCUGUCGCUUCUAAGCAGGUGCUGUGUUUCCAUUUUGGUCUCUUCUCCGUCCAAACAGUACUGGGGCUUUAAGGGGUGGCUGGCUUUUUGCGGGGUUCGAGGCAGUGAGCUUCGACUCUCUUCUUUUAUUCCGCAGCUGCUCUUACCAGCCUUGGAUCCAGGGGCACUCAGGCUGCCCUUUCAUUUCUCUUGCCCUUUGGGCACGCACGUGACUCCAUCUGGUUUUCAUAGUAUUCAUGAAACACAAGAAAUGAUUUCAUGCAGCAAUCCUCUCAGUUCCUACUAUGAUUCAGUCUUCACCUCAUCUCUCCAAAUAAGUUAUAAGCCCAAGAUAAAUAAGAAAAAGCCCAAUACAGAAGCUUAA